AUGUCUUCGGACUCAAACCAGCAUGGCCAAGCGCAGAAUUUGAUCGAUGAGGCCAAGUUGAGACAGGAGCCAACGGACCGUGACAUCGGCGCCAACAAGGAGGCUACAGAUUCCAGAGGCGUGCUACAAGAGCAAGGCGGGACGAAGGCGAAAGGCGAGGCAAGGAACGAUCAGGGGUUUAAGGUCGGCGACGAGGGGGACCUGCAUGAUUUGGCUGCCGGCAAACAGCCUUGA